AUGCCCCCAGAACUGUAUCUCCCAAAAGCCCUUUCCCUACACACAUUGUGCAGGCAGGCUCUUGGGAGGGAAAAUCCACGGCAGAAAAAGGAGAAUUUCAUCACCUACUUAGGUGCAAACUUAACUCAAAAGUUUUGGAUCGGUUUGCGGCUCGCUUUGAACACCGCUCAAAACAGCUGGAAUGACGGCUCCCCUGUCACCUACACAAACUUCAACCCGCUGCUGCAGGGAAGAUUCAAGAGGUUUGACUUUGAUCCAUAUGAUAAGGAGAAAAACCAACAGUGCGUGUUUUUCCUGAAUGAUCCAAAGUCAUCGUUUGUUGGAACAUGGGAUUUCACAGCUUGCUCAGACUCGCAGUAUUUGACACUGUGCCAGAAAACCAGAGAUAAGAAUGGGGACACAGUGCCAACAGUUGUACCAGAAGAUGUGACCUACAAAUGGAAGACGUAUAAAAUCCUUCAGAAGGACAUGACUUGGUACAAGGCUUUGGAAGAAUGUAGAAGCAAAAAUAUGGAACUAGUCAGUAUAACCGACCAAUACCAGCUCUCCUUUCUCAUCGUCACUGUUAAGCAGGCGGGUCGGCCAUUUUGGAUUGGACUCUCUAGCAGGGAUGAUGGAAUCCACUACAGAUGGCAGGAUGGGAGCACAGUCACCCUAAACCGGUGGGCUGAGGAUGAGCAAGAGGAUGAAGAUUGCGUUUAUAUAGAUAUUGACGGCACGUGGAAAACAAAGAGUUGUGAUGCUGAGCUGCCAGGGGUGAUUUGUCAUGAAGUAGCAAACGUGACUGAGAAGAAACCCGAAGAGAACACCGUCCAUUGUCCUCAUAAAGUUCAAGAUGUAGUGUGGAUCCCGCACAGGAACAACUGCUAUGCUUUCCUGCUGAACCACAAAAGAUGGCCCUCGGAUGAACAUAGAUACAUUUGCCAUUCCCUACAUCCUGACGCUUACGCCUUGAGCAUCCGAGAUGAGGAGGAAAAUCAGUUUAUAUAUAAGCAGCUCAAACCCUACAUGGACUUAGCCAAAUGGGUGUGGCUGGGGAUGCGUUAUGAUGGAUAUGAAAAAUAUUUUCACUGGCACGACGAGACCAUCGUGAAAUAUUCAAACUGGAGGUCAGGGCGGCCGAAUGUGACAAGUGACAGCUUUUAUGCAGGGAUAAAGCAUGAUGGCUUCUGGGAUAUCUUUCACAAUCCAAGGGACUUUGAACUGAUGUUCUAUCAGCAGCACUCCAUUGUGGCCUGCAAGAUUGAAAUGGGUUCAAGGGAAGAGUUCAUUAAGCCAUUACCAGCUGCUAUACCAUAUUCCAAUUCCUCAUACUAUGUUUUGAAGAAGAAACUGACAUGGUUUGAGGCCGUAAAGGAGUGCAGGCAGAGUGAUGGUAAUCUGGCCAGUGUUCAUAAUAACAAUCAACAGCUCUUUCUGGAGCAUAUUGUAAGACAGGACGGAUUCCCCCUCUGGAUUGGGUUAUGGAAUAAUGAUGGGACAAUCUCAGGAACAGAAUGGUCAGAUGGUACUUCGGUCAACUAUGCAUUUGUAAACCUGGACACACAGCUGACUCGUGGAAACUGCAUGUAUUUUGAUACAAAGGGAAAGUGGCUCUCCCAGAGGUGCACAGAACCCCUGGAUGGUGCUCUUUGCUAUAAACCAUUGGCAGCGAAACCAAAAUCGACGGCAUCUGAUCCUCUGUGCCCCAAAACUGACGGCUCAGUGCACUGGGUUCGGCAAAAGGAUUUUUGCUACGCAUUUGAUGUGAAGAUGUACAACUACUCUUUGUACACUAGCGAGCAAGCCAGCAAGGUGUGCCAGACCUUAGAUUCUUCAGCCAAGCUUCUGACUAUAAAUGACGAUGAAGAGAAUGAAUUUGUUAGUAAAUAUCUGACGGCUGAUGCAUUUAUCACUCGUAGAAUUUGGCUUGGGAUAGAUUCAAACUCAGCUGAUCAGAAAUCAUGGCUGGAUGGAUCACCCAUAAAAUAUAACAACUGGAGCGGUUCUCAGACAUCAAACAUCAGCUCCUGUGCCAUUUUAUUUCCAGAGACUGGCACAUGGAAUAGAAUGCCCUGUACAUUCGGCAUGGGAAGAACCGUCUGCAAAUCACCUCUAAAGUCUACUGGAGUAGGAGUUGCAGUUGGUUUUGCGAUAUUCAUCAUCCUAGCCCUUAUCAUUGGACUUGUCAUCUACCUCUACAAAAGGCGACAUCCUCUCUUCUUCUCAUCUAUACGCUAUCGAAGAGCAGAAGAUCAGAUGGAGUCCAUGAUUGAUUAUUCUUAGAGCUUUUUUUUUUUAAUUCUUCGAUGUACUGCCUGUAUUUUUGUUUUCUUAGUAGUACAUUAGGAGACACAGGAUAGUAAUCUGGAAUAUUGACAUUACUACCGCCUACAGGUAAUUGGUUUCUAGCAAAGCUGUAAGGACCGCCCAG